AUGCUAUUUAUGAAGAUGGACCUGUUGAACUAUCAGUAUUUGGACAAGAUGAACAACAACAUCGGCAUUCUGUGCUACGAAGGUGAAGCUGCUCUCAGGGGAGAGCCCAGAAUGCAGACCCUCCCCGUGGCCUCUGCCCUCAACAGCCACCGCACAGGCCCCCCGCCCAUCAGUCCCAGCAAGAGGAAGUUCAGCGUGGAGCAAGCAGAGGACGACCUAGACUGUGAAAAUGACCAUGUUUCCAAGAUGAGUCGCAUCUUCAGUCCCCAUCUGAACAAGACACCCAAUGGUGACUGUCGGAAAGACCAUCGGGAACGAAGCCGCAGCCCCAUUGAGCGUGCGGUGGCCCCCGCCGUGAGUCUGCAUGGUGGUCACCUGUACACGUCCAUCCCCAGCCUCACCCUGGAGCAGCCUCUCGCCCUGACCAAGAACAGCAUGGAUGUCAGCAGGGCGGUCGGAGUCUCACCCACACUGGUCUCGGCUGAGCGGCAGCAGAACCGGCCCUCUGUGAUCACGUGCGCAUCCGCCAGCAACCGCAACUGCAACCUCUCCCACUGCCCUAUCGCGCACAGCGGCUGCGUGGCCUCCUUGCCUGCCAGCUACCGGAGACCCCCCAGCACGACCACCACCUGUGACCCUGUGGUGGAGGAACAUUUCCGCCGGAGCCUGGGCAAGAACUACAAGGAACCUGAGCCGGCACCCAACUCGGUGUCCAUCACGGGCUCCGUGGAUGACCACUUUGCCAAAGCCCUUGGUGACACGUGGCUUCAGAUCAAAGCAGCCAAGGAUGGUGCCUCAAGCAGCCCAGAGUCAGCUUCGAGGAGGGGCCAGCCCUCCAGCCCCUCCGCCCACAUGGUCAACCACAGCCACUCCCCCUCCGUGGUGUCAUGA